GGUGAAUAGUCCUGCUGCAUUCUAAUUUUGUCUUUUAAAGACGAAUCUACCAGCUCAGUGAUCAAUCCUCUUAUGGUUUGCUCCUAGUUUAACAUCCUUUUUCGGCGUGCAAUUCAGUUUUCCUUUUAUUUUGUGACUUUGCUCAAAGGAUCUUGAAGUAAAGCAAAUGCCGCGACGAAGAAAGGAUGCGAUAAACGUGACGAUCUCUUCGGCAGGGCGUGGAUAUUCGCAACACCUCCAUCAUCGGUCGACUCUCAUGAAAGAGAAGCCCCAACAGCGAAAUGCGGCGAAUGCUAGAGAGCGGGCCCGGAUGCGUGUGCUUAGCCGAGCUUUCUGCCGAUUGAAGACGACUCUACCCUGGGUGCCGGCCGAUACGAAACUAUCCAAACUGGACACUCUUCGGUUGGCCACCACUUACAUCGGACAUCUGCGAGCGGUUCUAGUCGAGGGUGGUGCAGGAAGAACUUCUCCCGUUUCUUCAUCUCAGCAUCCAGUCGUGUCGAUGAGCUGGCCUUUCAUGUUUAAUAAAUCCGGUAAUGGGCAAUCGAAUUCUUCGUCGGAUAGCGGAUCAGACUCUCCCAUGUCCAGCGUUGAUAAUUUCAAUCUCCAUCAUGAUUGUUUGGCAGCGGAAGAACACCAACCUCAAAACCAACGACAACUUCCGCACUAUCAAUGCAGUUCUCGAGGUGAAAUGUCCAUCAUGAAUGCAAGUUACCAGAUACAUCAGCAGCAUCAACAAGGAGUAGACUAUUCGAGCAUCCCUUCGGAACUUAACUAUUGUGGUAACCUGACAGAAUUACCAUAAGUUUAUUCAGAUCUUGUUUUUAUUUGGAACCUCAAUCUUAAAAAAAAAAAAACACGUUUCCGUUUUUCAAGUGAUUGCUUAAAUUUCCCGGAUAUUUGCAUGUCAAUCAAUGUCAUUUGUGUUGAAGCGACAACGGACCAGUCUGUCGCGCUAUCUUUUUAUGUUUAAUUUCCCUCCUCAUUAAUUAUCCCAUCUUUUUGCCUUAUUACGAGAAGAGAUAUUUAGCUUUGAUACUACGAUUCAUAAUAAAACGCAAAGUUCCAUUAAAUUAUUGCAAUAGGCCUACAAACAAGUUGUAAGCUGGCUACAAUAUGAAUUCAAAAAGCUGACGAAAGAUGAAACAUAAUAAAGCUCAUUUUGACUCGCAGCCAUUGACAUACUCAACAUUGUAUGAAAAUGAUCACUAUACAUGGCUUCUAUAGGAACAAAAUGGCUGGAUUGAAGUCCACGAAAAAACAAUGACAUUGAUAAGUUGUAGGUAAAAAUUAUAGUGCAAAAUAGGGCUGGAAACUGGAAAGGUGACGAUGAUUUUGACAGGGAUGAACACAUCAACGAAAAAUAGUUUUGCAAUGGUCAAUGUGGUAUCGUCGAUCGUUCUCGAGGUUGUUCUAAUAAAAAAAUUGUUUGCGCAAAAAAUGUGUAUAGGCAGGCCUAAAGUCUCAUCAAGGCUAUGUAAACGACUUGUAGGCUUUUAUAUUUUAAUCUAUUUUUUUGAAAUGUAUCACAGCUACGGUCGGCUACGGUUAUUUGUAAAGUAAGCCUAACACAAAGUUAUUUGAAUUUAAAAUCACGUUUUUUUUUUUAAUUUGAAAGCAAGUGCAUCUUCGCUCAUAUCAUAUUUGUGACAACAACAGUUACAUAAACAGAUUUUAAUGAUUUUAA